AUGGAUUCUGAUGGUUCUCAGUGUCCCGAAGACAGCAACUCGACAGACUGCCUGCUCCGAGCCCUGCUCAGUCUUCUUAGGGAACACAAAGCGGCUGAUGACGCAGAAAUCGACUGGGACCCAAUCAAUUUCGCAGUCACACUCCUCAUCGGCUUAGCCGCCAUAUCCUUUGCCCUGGCGACUGUGCUACAGGCCAUAUUCGCAGCCGGGAAAGGUCGACGAAGAACCAGUCGUCUUGCAAUCGGACAAUGGUCACAAAAGACGGCGAGAAGAUGGGACUGGUCUGAGAUGAACUUUCAUUUCACAGCAUCUACGCCAAUUCUACGGGAAGACUCGUUGCCGGCCUUGUCAUCGCAGUCCGGGACUGCAGAACACAGGAAUGGCGAUCAUGUCGACGGGGGACACGACACGGGCUGUGCAGACGAGAAACCUGACCAAGGGGUUGUCGACAGCACAGGAUCGUUCCACACUGCUCUGAAACUUAGAAAUAGAAGCUUGUGGGCUAAUGCCUGGAAAAUUGCCUCGAAGCUUCAUCCAAGUCAAUCUCCACGCCCAUUUGCAACAUGGCUCGGGUUUUUCGAAGAAGUGGGCUUAGACAAACUGGAGUGCCAGGUUUGGGGCAACAGUGUACGAGAAGUUGCUGCGGAUUAUCUGCCAGAUGACCUCGUGGCCGCCCCUGCUUACGCGCAAAUUGGAGCCAUUGUUGCUGGAGCGGCGACGGCAGGAAUCCAGAAGCUGGACAUCGAUCAACAAAACUACCCAAUCCUCCUUGGGCAAGGAUUUCAAAUUGGCUUUCGCCAACACCCGGCUCUUGGAGUCAUCGGUCAGCGAUGCGAUGCGGACGUGGCAUCGUCGAAGCAGACCUCACAAUGA